ACUGGCUGUUGAUGCAAAGGGUCUGAUCCCCAAUCUCCGCCGAUCAAGUUACAAGCAUCAAAUGGCCGCUGCUGCCGCUGCUAGGUUGUUUAUACGGUCAACUUCUGCCCGUAACGCCGCCGCCAGUCGAUUCUCCUCCGGCGCGAAAACCUCCCUCUUUCGCAUUCAAACCACUAAACCUCUGUCUCAUCGCAUCUUCAGUUGCCCAGCUGAAUUGAGCAUCUGUUUGGAAACGGUGCAACCUUUUCAUGGAGUUACUGCUUCGGCUUUGAUGACUUCCAUGCUCACUCUCUCUCGCCGGACUUGCGGUUGGAUUCCUGAAGGUUCAUAAGAAGAAAGCAAAGAAAUGUGAACCAGAUUGGUGCAAAUUAUGCUUCUGGUAUACGAAAUCAUUAAUGUCAAAUGAGUCUUAAUAGGAUUGCUAAUUAUGCUUAGUAUGCUGUUUGUUAUUCUUAGUUAUUUUUUUGUAGUGAAAUUCCUGUCCAAAAUGUUGCUUCAGUUUACAUCAAAACCUCAAAUUAAGGUUGAAAUUUUCAUGGAAACUUCUUUUCGUUUUCUCUUGUGG